GCUUCACUCACAGAGAGCUCAAAGAGCUGCAUCAUCUGUAGGAUCGGGUGCUGAGUUUCUUACACCAGUGUCCCAUUCAGAUAUGCAGUGGAUCUUAAUCCUUAGCGGGAAUUAACAGAAAGUUUGAACACUGCAUUAUUAAAUUAAAAGGUUACAGUCUACUGCAAAAUUACUUAAGCAGGACUCAGGAGUGUCUGUUAAUUUUAAUGCUCUGCCUGAAAGUACAGAACUUUGGACAUUUCCAGCAUCAUAUUUAAAACAUGGUACAACAACUAAUACGUGAUCUGGUGCAUUAAUGGACCAAAUUAAGUUACAGUUUUGCUUGGGUUUUUCCCUGCGCUUAAAUCAGCAUCCCGAAGUCCCUCAAAAUAUGUGGAAAGCCUGGCUGGGUCUUCAGACACCGAAGAUAAAACCGCGUUUCACGACCCGAGGAGAUAUCACCCCUCCCGCGGGGGGACGCAGCCGCCAUCCUCCGGGCUGGCGGCUGGGAGCAUCGCCGGUUGCGGAGCUACGCGCCGGACCGCUGGGGCGGCGCCAAGAACCGCCGGGCGGUGGAUCCCGACCGCAUUCCCUCAGUCCUUCCUCCAGGGGACCGCCCCCCUCUUCCUCCUCCGCCACCGCCUCCUCCCCGCGGGGGUCAGCGCCAGCCGCCCGCCCCCUCCAGCAGCGCCACGGCCCCCCCGGCCGCUCCGCCAUUGGCAGGCGCCGCGAUCCAGGAGGAGAUGCGGCGCUCUGAUUGGCUGCGGCGCGGCACCACGGCG